GGUUCCUCUGCCUACUCUCUAGCUAGCUAGGCCCCCACAAUCUUAAAACAUGUAGAGGGGAGAAGAUGAUUCUAAAAGUAAUGCUCUCAACCUACUAUUAUUUCCCUAUCUCUCACACAAAAGCUUUGCAUGUGAAAGACUUUCCCACACUUGAAACUUCACUUGGAAAAGUAAAAAAGCUCAAGAGUUUUUCAAUGUUCAAGUACUUAUGCUAGAAAUAGUAGGGUUGAGCUUGUUUUUCUUCUUCCAUUAAAGAUAAUUGGGGUUACAAAUAUUUGUCUAUUGUGUCUAUUUCGCUACGUGACAAGUGGCAGCUGACGAGACUGAUGAUAGUAUGUGGCCACGAGGAAGAUUGGUGGUAUCAUGAUGUUCGACAUUACGGUACCGAUAACUGCUAUUUAAAACGUGGAAGCCGACACCAAUCCGUCAAGAAAAGAAAAAAAAUUUGAUCAUCCUCUGGGUCUUUAAGUAGUCUCUGAGAAGUGUAUCCGUAUAACUACACUUAACUCUCUUCAUCCGUUCAUAGAUACUACUUCUUGUUGGUUCCAACUAUUCCAAUCAUUUUGCCAAUAAAACAGUAGAAAAGCAAGCAACAAGUUCACCGGACAAGAAUUCAAGAAUCUCAAGAAGGCGGAAGAAAAUAUAUUGCGAGUCUUGUUGUUCAAGUUCAAUGGGUUGGCUGUCUAAGAAAUGACAACCGAAAUAAAGCGAGUUUGGGUUUCACAGCCAGUGAUCAUUGGUGGAGGACCUUCAGGGUUAGCAGUAGCUGCAUGCCUUAAGAAAAAAGGACUACCUUCGUUGAUCCUCGAAAGAGAAAAUUGUGCAGCAUCUCUAUGGAGAAAUAGAACUUACGAUCGACUAAGGCUUCACCUACCUAAAAACUUCUGCCAGCUUCCUUACAUGGAGUUUCCACCCGACUUUCCAUCAUACCCAACAAAGGAACAAUAUAUAGAAUACUUAGAUGCUUACGUGAAGCACUUCUCUAUCGAACCAAUAUACGAAGAGCAUGUUCAGAUAGCUGAGUAUGAUUCAGCAAUGGGAUUUUGGCUAGUCAAAACCAAUAACGCAGAAUUUGUUUGCCGGUGGCUCAUCGUAGCAACGGGUGAGAAUGCAGACCCUGUCAUACCUGAAAUUGAUGGAAUCUCAGAUUUCCAUGGCCAGGUAUUACAUACAAGUUUAUAUAAAAACGGAGAUGAAUUCGAAGGAGACAAAGUCUUGGUUUUGGGUUGUGGGAAUUCAGGGAUGGAGAUUAGCUUGGAUUUAUGUAACUGUGGUGCUCAAGUCUCUAUUGUUGUCAGGGAUACGUUGCAUAUUUUGCCUAGAGAUAUACUUGGCAGAUCAACCUUUGGUGUUUCAAUGUGUCUACUAAAGUGGUUUCCUAUAUGGUUGGUUGAUCAGUUUCUUCUCUUCUGUUCACGUUUGAUCCUUCAAGAUGUACGACAACUCGGUUUCAAAAGACCUGAAUUGGGCCCUCUUGAAUUGAAGAUCAGAACCGGGAAGACCCCAGUUUUAGAUGUUGGCACUCUAGCCAAAAUCAGAACUGGUCAAAUUAAGGUUGUACCAGGCGUCAAGAGAUUCACAAAUAGAGGAGUAGAAUUUGUUGAUGGAAGAGUGGAUGAAUUCGAUUCAGUAAUACUGGCAACAGGUUACAGAACUAAUGUUCCUUCAUGGCUCAAGGAGGAUGAAUUCUUUAGCAAAGACGAUGGUUAUCCAAGAAAACCGUUUCCAAAUGGUUGGAAGGGAAAGAAUGGACUUUACAGUGUUGGUUUUACCAAGAAAGGUUUGUUGGGAGCUUCUAUUGAUGCCCAACGAGUAGCAGAAGACAUUUCACAGCAAUGGAAAUCAGAAACCAAGCAUUUUCACUUGAGAGUUUGAACCAGUAAUGGAUAUCGUAACUUUUUUUUACCAACACCGUAGAGACGUUCAGAAAAGCGUGACGUUCUGUGUGACUGUAAAGGUUUAUUAGCAGCAGCCAGCAAUCAUUUGUAUUUUGCCAUGUUUUGCAACACAAAAUCAGUGUAUAGGUCUGCCAGUGUAGAUAUAUGGAUUUCUAUACAUUCACGUAGUAAACGUUUGGAGUGUUAUUUUGUCAAAACAGGAAUUUUCUUGUCUUUUUUUGUUUUACAUACACUAUUAUAAUCCACUGUUUUCAUGUUUCAUCACUUCCAACGAUAAUAAUGGACCAUAGUUUGGAGA